AUGCAGAAAUCGCUAUCCUGGGAAGCCCAGGGUGGCGAUACGGUUCUUUGCAAUGAUCCUCCAAACUGGUGCCCUACGGUCAAGCCCUUCAAAAAUUGGAGAGUUGUGAGCCAAAAGGAUGUGAUUCCAAUGGGAGACUUUAUUGGGACUUUCCCGGAUUAUAAAGACAUCCCAGAGCGAUUCAAGAAAAUCAAGCUUCAGUCGUUGACACCUGUUGCUUGUAAGUUCCGUCUGAAGGCCAUGAAAGACGGUCCACAUGUCCGUGACGAUGAAUAUUACGGCGUUCGUAAGGCCGAAAACAGGAAAAGACUCGAACCAUUAGUUGAGCAAUACAAGAAAGAACUGCAAAAGAAGUACCAGCCUGCAUCUGGCCAAACCGAGUCUGAUGCAAUGAAGCACUGGGAGGCGCUCGAGAGGCGCGUCAAGUCCGGGGGCUAUACCAAAAACUAUACGGAGUAUGUUGGAAUCGACAACCUGAGCGACGGAUGCAACUUCGAGGUCGAGGUUUUGGCUCCUGCAAAUAGAAUCCCAAAGGUGAUAUACUGUAUCCAUUCAGACAGUACGGGUGAUGCUAAUUUUAUCCUGAAGCUGCAAUUCAACGUGCCAUAUAUCAUCUAUAAUCCCGACUUCGAUACCUAUCUAUCCGCGGAUACUAGUGGCACAUACAACAACAGAUUUUUUGGCUAUAUGUUCUAUGCCAAAAAGAGCCGCGCAAGACAAUUCAUGUUCAGGAAGAAGGAAGCAAGAGGAACGGAUGGCGAUAUUCCAAAUGACGUCGAGGUUGAACUUACACUUUGUGAUGAUAGUGGAGAACCUAUUGCUGUAGUCCACCGCUAUAGCGGUGACGGCUCCACAUUGAUGGUCAGUAACAUUUUGUCCUCCUCCAUGCAUUUGAUCCCCUUUUUGCUACCACCGGUAGUGGCCGCGUCUAGCGUGCCAUACCAGGAGUACAUACUCGCCCCAACUUCACGAGACUUGGUACCUUCCUUUGUUCAUUCGGUCAACGGUUCCAUCACGAAUGCAGCAGCUUUGACACAAGCCUCAAGCAGCGGUACCACAUUUAAUGGCGUUUCCUCGGUGACUUACGAUUUCGGAAAGGACGUCGCGGGCCUCGUUUCUCUCGAUGUUGGCUCGUCUUCCUCCCCCUCUGCCUUUUUUGGUGUCACUUUCACUGAGUCUAGUAUUUGGAUCAGCAACGAGGCUUGUGAUGCUACCGGUAAUUCUGGCCUUGACACGCCUCUGUGGUUCAGUGUCGGCGAAGGGGACGGGACAUAUACUCCCGACAGCAAAUACAUGCGAGGUGCUUUUCGCUAUCUCACAGUCGUGAGUAACACUACUGCAACGGUGCUUCUCACUGGUCUUCACGUGAAUUUUACUGCGGCACCAAUUCAGGAUCUUCAGGCCUACACGGGUUGGUUCCACUCAGAUGAUGAGCUCAUCAACCAGAUCUGGUAUUCUGGAGCAUACACCAAUCAGCUAUGCACUAUUCCACCCAGUCACGGAGAUGCCAUUACCUCCCAAGCGGACAACAUUGUAUGGCCGGAGACGAAUGACUGGUACAACAACUACACCAUCACCAACGGAAGCAGUACCAUCACUGAUGGUGGUAAGCGCGAUCGGCUUGUGUGGCCAGGAGACAUGUCAAUCUCUCUGGAGAGCAUUGCUGUCAGCACCGGUGAUCUGUACAGUAUUCAGAUAGGCUUAGAGUCACUGUACUCCCUGCAGCUACCGGACGGCCAGCUCCCUUACGCAGGAAUUCCCUUCAACGGUACUGUGAGCUAUACCUAUCACCUGCACAAUCUGAUUGGCUUGUCCUUCUUGUACCGCUUUUCGGGCGACAGAAAUUGGCUGUCCAGUUAUUGGAAUCAGUACGUUCUUGGCAUCCAGUGGGCCCUGGACGCUGUUGACAGUACCGGUUUGGCCAAUGUCACUUGGAGUGCUGACUGGUUGCGAUAUGGAAUGGGCGGUCAUAAUAUCGAGGCCAACGCAAUCCUCUACUUCGUGCUUCAGGAUGCACUGAAGCUGGCACAAGAUCUCAAUCAAGCAUCGUAUAUUGCCAAUUGGUCCAGCACUGCUGACAAAGUUAAAUCUGCCGCCAACAGCCUGCUAUGGGACGCCCAAGCAGGAUUGUUCCGGGACAACGAAACAACCUCCCUGCAUCCCCAGGACGGAAACACCUGGGCGAUCAAGUCCAACCUGACGACUUCUGCUAGCCAGAGAGCCACUAUUUCGGGCGCCCUCAAGGCCCGCUGGGGUCCCUACGGUGCCCCCGCCCCAGAGGCGGGUGCGACUAUCUCUCCGUUCAUUGGCGGAUUCGAGCUCCAGGCACACUUCAUUGCUGGUCUACCCCAGAAUGCCAUUGACUUACUGCGCCUCCAGUGGGCCUAUAUGCUUCAAAACCCCAACAUGACUCAAUCGACCUUUAUCGAGGGGUACUCGACUGAUGGAUCGAUCCACUACGCGCCGUACAGCGAUGAUGCGCGCAUAUCUCAUGCUCAUGGUUGGUCGACUGGCCCGACGUACGCGCUGACAGCCCAUGCCGCGGGCAUCCAGCUCACUGGACCCGCUGGUAAAACCUGGCUGAUUGCUCCUCAGCCAGGAGAUCUGACCGAGGUGGAUGCGGGCUUGACUACGCCUCUCGGAAAGUUCUCGACUACCUUCAAUCUCACCACUAGCGGUAGCUAUGACCGGUUCUCGUUCAGCACCCCCUGUGGGACCACUGGACAAGUAAAGCUGCCGGUAAAUGGAACACUUGUAUCCUCGAAAGCACAGCGGAUUGCGAUUAGGAAUGGUGUUGCAGCAAGGGUGCCCGGAGGCAACUGGAAGCUUCAGCUCCAGUAA